UGUUCGCGGUCGAGCCUGUUUUGUUGGUUUUAUUCCGUGUCUACAAGCAGCUGGAGGCGGAAUACAACACAGUCCUGGACACAUCGCCGUGAGAUGGCCCUGAAGAAAACCUGCUCUUAACUCAUUUAACUUGAUGAUACAUUCAGGCUCCCUCCAGCUAUGCCAUAUGUUAAAACAUCUCAAAUCAAACAGUCACUCUCAAAACCGGUGGAUGUUAAGUCACAAAAGCGUGCAGUGCGGCACACAGUUUUCUCAGUCAAUGGAAAUGAAUACACUGGAGAGUGGCAGGACAACAAGAAGCAUGGAAAGGGAACUCAGGUUUGGAAGAAGCCCGGUGCCAUUUAUCAAGGAGAGUGGCAAUUUGGAAAACCAGAUGGCUUUGGUACCUACAGCAUUCUGCUGCCAGAGACAAAGGAGUAUGAAAAGAAGUACAGUGGAAUGUGGAAAAAUGGAAAGAAGCAUGGUUCUGGCACAUACUUCUACAAUAACUCUGCAGUUUAUGAAGGGGAGUGGAGUGAGGGCAAUCGGAGUGGCUGGGGAAGAAUGUACUAUGAGAAUGGAGAUAUCUACGAGGGAGAAUGGAUGAGGGCUAAGAGUCAUGGGCAGGGCACCAUUCGAUUUGCAAAUGGAAACUGGUAUGAAGGCGCCUGGGAAGAAGGCAAGAAGAACGGUCAUGGAAAGCUCUACUAUUCUGACAAGGGUCAACUUUAUGAAGGCUUUUGGGUGGAUGGUUCUGCAAAAUGUGGAACCCUGUCUGACUUUGGGAGGGAUCAAGCACCAACACCGACAAAGUAUCCAAUUCCACAUAUACACCUGCUGGAUGUGGAGUUGGUUUUAAGGGAAGCCCAGUCAGCCCACUGUGAUUGGAAUUGAUGAGCAACAACAAGAGGAUUCACAACAACUUUCAACCCCACCACCACAUAUAUUGACAAAAAACAAGCACAGAAUCCUCUCCCACUUUACCAAGUGGGAGAAAUGAAGACAGUCGGAACAGUUGACAGUUUCAAAUACCUUGGACUAACACCAGACAACUUUGAACAGCACAGAAAGGACACACAAAAAAGGAGCGAUCAAAGGCUAUCUGUCAUCCGGACACUUAAAAAAACUCUAUGUAUCCCCCCAUCUUCUCCUACUGUUGUACACAAGUAUCAUCCAGCCCAUCCUGCUUUACUUCUAAAUGGAUCUCCAGCCACAUCUGAACUUCUACCUCCUCCAAUACAGACUGCUGACUCAGCUUUAUCAGCAGUUUGAAACAAGUUAGAAGAACCUUUGCUGAUGGAAAAGCACAACAGCACGCAUGUUGAAAGCAACAUACUAAUUCAGGAUAUAAGAGAUGAGUGGAGGGCUCUGUUUUAACAAAAUGAAGCAGAGGAGAGUGUAAUACCAACAAGUGUUCCACAGAAGUCAAAAUGUGAUUAUGCAGUAUGUGUAAUGAGUCAGAAUUUUUAAGAAUCAGGAGAAUAACUGAAAACUCACCAUCCAAUGGUUAUACAUCAUACGGUCAAUAAUCUAUUAAAAA